AUGACUCGGCGAGCCUCUCAGUUCCUGUGCCUGAAGAAUAUCCGGACAUUCCUAAAAGUGUGCCACGACAAGUUCGGCUUGAGGAACAGCGAACUUUUUGACCCGUUUGAUCUUUUUGACGUCAGAGACUUCGGCAAGGUGAUCUCUGCCCUGUCGAGGAUCUCCCACCACAGCAUUGCACAAAUCAAAGGCAUCAGGCCCUUCCCGUCCGAGGACACGGCUCUGAAUGAGGAUGAUGUGUACCGGAGCCUGGAGGAGCUGGCAGACGAACACGACCUGGGCGAGGAUGACAUCUACGACUGCGUGCCGUGCGAGGACGACGGCGACGACAUUUAUGAGGACAUCAUUAAGGUGGAAGUACGACAACCCAUGAUCAGAUACAUGCAGAAAAUGGGCAUGACAGAAGAUGACAAGAGGAACUGCUGCUUAGUUGAGAUCCAAGAGACUGAAUCCAAGUACUACAAGACUUUAGAGGACAUUGAGAAGAAUUACAUGAUCCCGCUGAAGCAAGUCUUGAGUUCGCAAGAAAUGGAGGCUAUUUUUGUCAACCUGGAGGAUAUAAUCCGCGUCCACUUUGCCCUUCUGCGAGCCAUCGAUAUGAACAUGCUCAGUGGAGGAAGCGGCCUUGGAAAGAUCUUCCUCGAUUUCAAAGAAAGGUUGCUGAUCUACGGUCAGUACUGCAGCCACAUGGAGAACGCCCAGAAGACACUGGAUGGGCUAAUAGCAACACGGGAGGAUAUGAAGAUUAAAGUGGAGGAAUGCACCAUGAAGGUGCAGGAGGGGAAGUUCAAGCUGCAGGAUCUCUUGGUGGUUCCCAUGCAGAGGGUGCUGAAGUAUCACCUACUACUGAAGGAACUUCUGAGUCACUCGACUGACCGACCUGAGAGGCAGCAACUUAAAGAGGCCCUGGCUGCUAUGGAGGACUUGGCCAUGUAUAUCAACGAAGUCAAGAGAGACAACGAGACGCUGAAGAAAAUCAGUGAAUUCCAAAGUUCAAUAGAAAAUCUUCAGCAGGUGAAACUGGAGGAGUACGGCAGGCCAAAGAUAGACGGAGAGCUGAAGGUGUCCUCCAUCGUCAACAGAACAAAACAAGACCGCUACAUUUUCCUUUUUGACAAAGUGGUGAUUGUUUGCAAGAGAAAAGGCUACAGCUACGAGCUGAAGGAGAUCAUUGAACUCCAGCUGUACAAAAUGUCAGACGACCCCAUGAACAACAGAGACAUGAAAAAGUCAAGUGGAAAAAUGUGGUCUUAUGGUUUCUACCUGAUCCACCUGCAAGGGAAGCAGGGCUUCCAGUUCUUUUGUAAAACGGAAGAAAACAAGAGGAAGUGGAUGGAGCAGUUUGAGAUGGCCAUGUCCAACAUCAAGCCUGAGAGAGCAACCGCCAACCAGCACAACUUCCAAAUGCACACCUUUGAUAAGAACACCAACUGCAGAGCCUGCAAGAUGCUCCUGAGGGGCAUCUUCUAUCAGGGCUACUACUGCUCUCGCUGUGGAACAGGAGCUCACAAAGAGUGUCUGGAAGUGAUCACCAUCUGUAAAAUCAAUCCUCACGAUAUGGAGCCUGGAAUGUCACCAGGUCCAAAGAUGGUGGCUGUGAGGAACUACCACGGCACACCGACGCCUCCAGGGAAGACGCCUCUCUGUUUCCAAACAGGAGACUUCAUCGAGCUGCUAAAGGGGGAUCCAGACACCCCGUGGUGGGAGGGGAAGCUGAUACAAACACAAAAGAGUGGCUUCUUUCCCAGUUCAUGUGUAAAACCUUACUUAGACCCGAAGCCUUUCCAGUCAUUAUCCAGCCGGCAGUCAUCAAGAGAAGCAGACUACUAUGGAUAUCCUUGGUUUGCAGGGAACAUGGAGCGCCAGCAGGCGGACAACCUCCUGAAGUCCCACUGCAGCGGGACGUACCUGAUCAGGGAGCGGACGGCCGAGGCUGAGCGCUUCGCCAUCAGCAUCAAAUUCAACGAUGAAGUGAAACACAUCAAGGUUAUCGAGAAAGAUAACUGGAUCCACAUCACUGAAGCAAAGAAGUUUGAGAGUCUUCUGGAGCUGGUGGAGUACUAUCAGUCGCAUUCACUGAAGGAAAGCUUCAAACUGCUAGACACCACGCUGAGGCAUCCCUACAAGUCCAGAGAACGCUCGCUAACUCGGGCUAGCACACGCUCACCAGCAGCAACCUGCGCCUCCUACAAUUUCUCCUUCCUCAGUCCACAAGGCCUGAACUUCUCCUCUCAGAGCUCCGCUCCCUUCUGGUCAGUGUUUACUCCUCGGGUGGUGAGCACGGCAGUGGCCAGAUAUAACUUUGCAGCACGCGACAUGAGGGAGCUGUCCUUGCGGGAAGGAGACAUCGUCAAAAUAUACAGCAAAAUUGGCGGAGACCAGGGCUGGUGGAAAGGAGAGGCUAACGGACGGAUCGGAUGGUUUCCCUCCACCUACGUGGAUGAAGAGGGAGUGCAGUAAAGCUCCACUCGCUCGCCGGCGAAGCCAGUUUCCUUUUGAAUCGGGAACCAAGUUCUAUCUGCUGUCCUCAGAGGAAAUGACUCACUCUCUCCAGGAAAAAAAAA